AGGUAAAAUUAAAAACGUAGUUAGAAAAUCUACUUAAGUCACUACUGAGGAAGCGCCAAAUUACUUAAAACAUUAUUCAGCAAACUAACAUAGAGAACAAACAAGGAUAACAUUUUUUGAAAGCUAACGCGCCACAAGAGGAAGAAGCAGAGGCUGAGGAGGCGUGAGUGUGUGACUAGUGUGUGAUGAACACCUGGCAAGUUGUGGUGAAUUUCUCCGUUAUGACGCAGUGACCUCCGUUGACAGAUGGCUGAAGACAAACCACAAAGGAAGACAUCAGGCAGGAACCCUCAGCGAGGUCAGCCUCCUGGUGGUGCUGGUGGUGCUGCUGCUGCUGUUGCAGCCAGUGAUGGCAAGAUAAAGGAAACAGCUCCUAGAGAGUCAGGAGGAGUUGGAAAGAAUCGGCGCCUGGCUAGCAUCCGGUCCCGCAUCUCCAUAGAAGAGCUGAAGAAUGUUUACAAGCGACAGGUGACCCUGUCUCAGGAUGACAGUGUUGAGCCUCUUUUUGAUCCUAUGGCUAAGGCACAGGAGUGCCUGAAAGUGGUGAGGGGUAAGACAGGUGUGGUGUACUGCUCCCAGAUGACCAACCAUCACUGCUUUUGGGACCCCCAACAUGUGGAGAAACCUGAAAGGCUGCUCUGCAUACUUGACAGGUGUCUGGAGCUAGGAUUGCUGCAGGAGUGUGAGCAGCUGGAGUGUCGUGCUGCCAAAGAGGAGGAAGUGUUAAAUUUGCAUUCUCCAGCACAUUUUGGCCUCCUCCAGACCACUUCCGGUAUCACUGAUCAGGAUAAGCUGGAAGACCUCUCUUCACGCUUUGACUCUGUUUACUUCCAUCCAGGAACAUGCAAAAGUGCCCUAUUGGCAGCAGGUGGUACACUGGAUCUGGUGGAUGCAGUGGUCUCAGGUAGACUUCAAAAUGGCUUUGCUAUAGUGAGACCCCCUGGCCAUCAUGCUAUGGAAUCUGAAUUCUGUGGGUUUUGCUUCAUCAACAAUGUGGCUCUGGCGACUCGCCAUGCACUAAACACCCACGGCCUCUCCCGUAUCCUGAUUGUUGACUGGGAUGUGCACCAUGGCCAGGGAACGCAGCAGGCCUUCUAUUCAGAUCCCAGAGUGCUGUACUUUUCCAUCCACCGGUAUGAGCAUGGCAGUUUUUGGCCAAAUCUUAGGGAAAGUAACUAUGAUUACAUUGGCCAAGGGAAUGGUAAAGGUUUCAACUUCAAUGUGCCGCUCAACAGCACUGGCAUGGCCAACCAAGACUUCCUGGCCAUCUUGCACCAGGUGCUUCUCCCUGUUGCCUAUGAGUUCAAUCCAGAGUUGGUUGUAGUAUCAGCUGGGUUUGAUGCUGCCAUUGGAUGCCCUGAGUUUGGCCCUGAGCUAGUUAUAGUGUCUGGAGGUUAUGAUUCAGCUAUUGGGGAUUGCAAGGGAGAAAUGGAGGUGACCCCUGGGCUGUAUGCACACCUCACCUCCCAUUUGAUGGCACUAGCCCAUGGCAAGGUGGCUGUGGUCCUGGAGGGAGGAUACUACCUACCAUCAUUGGCUGAGAGUGCAGCAAUGACUCUCAGUGCUCUGCUGGGCCAUCCAUGUCCAUCUCUCAUGGAUCCCAUCAUUCAGCCCUCAGAAAGCUUGCAGGAGGCGUUACUGAGUCUGGUGUAUGUUCAGCGGCCAUACUGGAAGUGUUUCCAGUAUCAGGGGUCCUUCAGCCUGGAGAAGGUGAGGGGAGAUUCUGACCCAAAAAUCUUCACACCAAGUCUUUCCUUUAUGGGACUGACAAGUAGCCGACCUCUGAGAUUCCCCACAAGGGACUAUAUUGAGCCUCAGACACCUGAAGCUCUGCAGAGAGUUGAUGACAAAUUUCAGUCCCUACGACAAAGAGAGGGUGUAAGGCUGAGACUUGAGCCUAGACUAUGCUUAGUGUAUGAUGAAGGGAUGGAGCUCCAUCACAGCCUUACUGAAGGGGAACAUCCAGAACGACCAGAACGCAUCCGUCGGGUAUGGGAGAUGCUGUGUCGAGUUGGAGUGGUAGAGCGAUGCCGUGUCCUGCAGUCACGACGAGCCCAGCGUGAAGAAGUGGAGUUGGUGCACACCAAAGAGCAUAUGGAAUUCAUGUAUAAACUUGAGUCCAUGGAUGAGGAAGAGCUCCAGAUCCUGCAAGAGAGCUACAAGUCUGUUUAUCUUCAUCCAAAGACCAAUGACUGUGCCCUACUUUCUGCUGGCUCUCUGCUGCAGGUAGUGGAGGAGGUGUGGCAAGGCAGGGCAAGGGCAGGUGUUGGGCUAAUACGACCACCUGGCCAUCAUGCUGAGCCAGACCAGCCACAUGGCUUUUGCUUCUAUAACAACGUUGCAGUAGCUGCCAGGCAUGCCAUACAUAACCUGGGAUGCCAGAGAGUACUGAUUGUUGACUGGGAUGUGCACCAUGGCAAUGGCAUCCAACAUGCUUUUGAAGAAGAGCCACGAGUGCUGUAUGUGUCCCUCCAUCGCUAUGACCAUGGCCUUUUCUUUCCUUCCUCUGAAGAUGCCAACUUUGAUCGUGUGGGAAGAGGUCCUGGAGAGGGGUUCACCAUCAAUAUCCCCUGGAACAAGGUACAUAAAGGGGAAAGGAUGAUGAGUGGCAUGGGUGAUGCAGAAUACAUGGCUGCCUUCACUCAAGUGGUGCUGCCUGUAGCCUACCAGUUCAAUCCUCAGCUGGUUCUGGUUGCUGCAGGCUUUGAUGCAGCUCGUGGUGACCCUCUUGGAGGUUGCCGCACAAGUCCUGAAUGCUAUGGUCACAUGACAUCUUUGUUGUCUGGGUUAGCGGAGGGUCGAGCUGUACUGGCACUUGAGGGAGGAUACAACCUUACUACUAUCAGCUACUGCAUGACACUGUGUGCUAAGGCUCUUCUUGGUGAUCCAAUGCCUCCUCUAGAAGCUCAGCUAGUGCCCAACAAGAGUGCUGUUCAGACCAUAAAUGAUGUCAUCAACACCCACAGCAAAUAUUGGUCAGCACUCUGUUUCCAGGUUGACCUUCCAUUGCAAGAUGUGUUGCAGCAGGGAUGUGGAGGGGGCCCUCAAGGGGUGGACUCUGGUGUGUCAGGAUCAGAGGCCUCUCUUUCUCCCUCCCCAAUCUCUAUUCCUUCCCCUGCUAAAUCCUCUCCUGAUUCAUCUCCCUCCACCACUGCCACAACCUCCCCUUAUGUCUCAGCUCCCUCCUCUCCUGCCAAGCCCAUCCUUAUGGAGUGUGAGGUAAAGGCUGGUGAUGUCCAGGAGUGUUUACCAGACAGCAAGGAGACAGCUUCCUCAGUAGGAGCAAGGCCUCGAACCCAGCAGCAAAAGAACUCACCUAACAGGACACCCCAUAGACCCAGGCAAGCAUCAAACCAAUCUGUUGGUAGACAGAGAAGUACCCCCAAGAAACAUGGCAAGAUAUCUGCAGCCAUGCAAGCAGCAGUAGCCAGCCAGAGCCUGGUGAAAGGCCCCACAGGUGUCGUUUGUGUUGAGAGGGACAAAGGAGGCAGCCCUGUGGAGACUGUAGUCAACCAGUGUCUGGCAUUUGAUUUGUGGCAGGCAUGCAGUGUUCUACCAUCCCAACCAGCCAUGAAGGCAGAGGUCUUUCCAGAGAAGAUACUACAACAUCUCUGCUCUGUCAGUGUAAUGAGUGGCCAGCACCAGGAGGGCACAGGGGAUGUUUCAUUACAGGUUGCUGGAAGUGUGGCAAGGCUUCUGCAGGAAGUUCUAGAUGGUAAAUUUCAGAAUGGCAUGGCCUUGAUGCAGGCUAUAGAUGGCCUGCACUGUGGUGUGGCCAUGGCAGUAUACUCAGUGCUGGGUAUCCAUAGGAAGGCUCGGGUGGUGAUUGUGGACUUUGGCAACUGUGUUGAGUUGGGCAUACUGGAACAUGUGUUCUCACAUGAGCCUCGGGUUCUGGUACUUUCUGUGCGACAGUGCCAGUAUGCCUCUCAAUCCACUUCUAGAAAUAAAGAAAGAUGCAGUAAUUUUCUAAACAUAGAUAUAAAUUGUAAUAUAGCAGAAAACAGCCGUGAUUACCUCACAUUAGCUCAUCAGGUACUGCUGCCUGUGGUCUAUGAGUUUCAGCCAGACUUGGUGGUAAUGACAGCAGCAUUUGAAUGGAAUAUCUACCCUGCAUUCCUUUCCAACAUGGCUGGACUGUUUAUGCCUGUGACAAGUGAUCGAUUGGUGAUGGCUGUGGAAAUAGACCAACAGGGCAGUAAGAUUGCUGGUGAGGGUAUAGUAGGGGCUCUUAGCACCCUGUUGGGCAGUUCAUGGCAUCCAAAAAUGAUGUUAGAGUCUGGGAGCCUCAGGCCAGAGUUGUGCCAGACUAUACUUCAGGUGAUGAAGGCUCAGCAAGGCAGUUGGAAGAGCUUGAGAUACCAUGCCUUGGCAUCACUUGUGACAUCAUCCAGUGGAAAGCAAGAAUCAUUACUCCUGAAUCGUCUCCAUCAGCAGAUCAUCAAGCCACAGGAAGAUGUUUCAUCUGAACCGAAAGAGCAACAGUGUCUCAAGGCUGGGCAGUCUGUGUGCCUUGUGUACAGUGAGUCCAUGAAGGAACAUAUCAGCUAUGCAGACUCCACACAUCCAGAGUGCCCAGAUAGGAUCAGUUGCAUCUUUGAGCAGCUGUGUAACUUUGGCAUUGUUGAACGCUGCCACCGUCUUAAGCCAAGAGAGGCCACUUUGCAGGAGUUGGAGAGAGUACACUCUAGCAGACACAUUAAAUUCAUGUCUGGUCUGCAAGCCAUGAAACCUUCUGAGCUGCACCACCUAGCAAACUCCUUUGAUUCAAUCUACCUGCAUCGCCGAACCAACCACUGUGCUCUCCUGGCUGCCGGCUCCGUCCUCACAACUGUGGAUUGUGUGAUGUCAGGCAGCUGUCAGCAUGGUAUGGCUGUGGUGCGUCCACCAGGCCACCAUGCUGAGAGGAAUAAUCCUUGUGGCUUCUGUUUCUACAACAGUGUGGGUGUGGCUGCACAGCAUGCCAUUACUAGCCAUCAUUUAGAGAGAGUGUUGGUCUUGGAUUGGGAUGUGCACCACGGCAAUGGGACGCAGCACAUGUUUGAGUCGGAUCCACGAGUGCUGUACAUAUCAAUCCACCGCUAUGACCAUGGAAGAUUCUUCCCUGGGAGUGCUGAUGCCAACUACAACCGUGUUGGGCUGAAGAAAGGAAAAGGAUUCAACAUAAAUAUUCCGUGGAACAAUGGUGGGAUGGGAGAUGCAGAAUAUCUGGCUGCUUUCCUGGAGGUGGUUCUUCCUGUGGCUACUGAGUUUAAUCCACAGCUGGUCUUGGUCUCAGCUGGGUUUGAUGCAGCAGUUGGUGAUCCCCUUGGUGGAUACAAUGUUACUCCUGAGUGUUAUGGCCACAUGACCAAGUUCCUAACUUCUGUAGGAGAUGGGAGGGUGAUUGUGGCCUUGGAGGGAGGCUACAACCUGACCUCUAUUAGUUACUGCAUGACCUUAUGUGCCAAGGCCCUCCUGGGUGAUCCCCUGCCUUCUCUCUCUGGCAACCUUACCCCUUGUCAGAAUGCAGUGGACAGCCUCACCAGUGUGGUUGGUGCUCACUGCAAGUUUUGGUCUAGCCUCAACUUAAAGGGUAAGAUGGUGGAAUCUCCCAGGAAGCAAAACUCUUUCAAAUCAACCCAGAGACCUAUUUCCUCCACCACCAGUGCUCAAGCUGUUGAUGAGUUAGCAGCCAGUCUGUGUCAAGUGAACAUUGGUGAGGCCAGCCCAAGGAGAACCCAAACUGAGGAGAAGAAAGAGGAGACCUCUGGUGGGGAGCUGGAGGGAGCUUGUGGUGGCAGCCAUGAGGACAGCACUACGACCCUUAUACUGUCUGAAUGCUUAGGAGCACAGGAAUUAUAUGCUGUUGUACCAGUAUCCUGGUGCCCCCACUUAGAGGAAGUGCAGCCAGUGCCUGAUGGCACACUCAGCACCAGCAGCGCCUGUGAGGAGUGCCAUGACACUUCUGAGAAUUGGUGUUGUCUCACCUGUUAUAAGGUGUUGUGUGGGAGAUUUGUUGCUGAACACAUGCUGAUGCAUGGGGUAUGUGAAGAACACCACCUGGUGCUGAGCUUCAGUGAUCUGUCCACCUGGUGCUAUGCAUGUGAUAGUUAUGUCCACAAUCCUGCACUGUUUGAAGCUAAGAGAGCUGCUCAUUUAGACAAAUUUGGCUUGGAGCCUCCAGAAUGUUCUUGAAGACUGUUACUGCUGCUGCUGCUGCCACCUGUCCAUCAUUACGUCUGAUGCUCUGCUAGUCUAACAGAUGACUCACCAGGGUGUGAGCAGCCAUGCCUUAUAGACCACUCCUAGGUGGUGGUAUUCAUUUUAACAGUUUCUUGUGAUAACAUACCAAAGUUGUGCUUCAAGCUUACCAAAAUUGAACAUGGCUAAGUAAUUUAUUUUUGUAUACUAAAUGGAGCUAGAUGGUCAUUGCAUUAGAAUACACCACAGACAGCAUACUUGUGCAUCACACAUCUCAGGUUUUUUUUAUUAGUAUACUUGAUAUAUAUACUUAGCAAAUUUGCCUUUUAGGAACUUUGCUGUAUGGAUGAUAGAAUAUUUAUAAUAGAAAUCAUUAUUUUUAAUUUUUGUUGUAGCUUUAAACAAACUUUUAACUAGAUGGAAAUUAUUGCUCGAAAAUUUUUAAUAGUUUUAGGACUAGAGUAACAAGUGUAAAUAACAAAGAUGUGAUUUACUCUUAAAAUUUUAUCUCAACUCCAAUGGCAACAAGAAAUUUGACAUUAGAUAUGAUCCCAGCAUAUAUAUAUAUAUAUAUAUAUAUAUAUAUAUAUAUAUAUAUAUAUAUAUAUAUAUAUAUAUAUAUAUAUAUAUAUAUAUAUAUAUAUAUAUAUAUAUAUAUAUAUAUAUAUAUAUAGUGAGCCACUAGAAGUGGCUCAGAAGACUACCAGCUUUGUGCACCAGACUGCAAGACCUUGACCACAGGCCUAGCAUUAUUGUAUUGGAUCUUGAUCAUGCAAGACUAGUCAGGUGAGAAUGUGCAAUAAAGCAUGUUAUAACUGUAGCAUGGGAAGAGUAAGAUGUCAGAGUAGAUGAGGCUCAUUUGCUUGUUUCACCAAUCUCCACUUUCCAGGUUACCAAUUACCCAUCUAUUUUGUGGUGGGUUCCCAUUUUUGGGCAUUGUAAUGGAAGGGUAGAUGUCUGCAUUCCAAAAAUCAGUUUUUUUUUUUUUUUUUUUUUUUUUUUUUUUGCCAGGGAAUCAGCUAAUUUGCUACAGUAAAUUCUAUUAUGUUGUUGACAGCAUGGAAUUAUGCAACUGUAGUAGAAUCUGUUAUGCCAGUGAUGACUAAGUAGGCUAAGUGAUAUUUAAAAAAAAUAUUGUACAGCUUUCAUGUGUCCUAUGUAAGAACUGUACAAGUGGAGUUAUAGUACACCAUUACAUUGUAAAAGUAAUUCUGAUAUAGUACACCAUUACAUUGUAAAAGUAAUUCUGAGUAACAUAUUUUGUUUAAUACAUAUAUCUAAAGCUG